AUGAAUUUUCCUACUAAAGAAGGAAGUAAUCCAGCUGACAAUGCUCUGAAAAAUUUAGAAAAUGAGGCUCCAAAUGACUGUAGUGCAGAUAUAGUGCCUUCAUUUGCUGAUUCUAAUAUGAUUUCUCAUGUGGAAAGCAACCCAGUGAACAGGGCGCUAGAUGCAUCAGCUUCCCAGGAUCACGCUUUUCCUCAAGCAGCAGAAAAUACUGAGCUUGAAUUAGAAGAAACCCAAAAAGAUUCUCAAAAAGAAGAUUUUAAAGAAGAUGAGUCCUUUCUAAUUCAGGUUCCCAUUCCUAGAAAACGGGUUUUGCUCAUUCCCUUAACUGACAAAGCAAGAUUCUACUCAGGAAAAGUGGAGAUGAAAACAAGUGAUUUCUGUCAUAACACCAUAAAUUACAAAAUUUCUCUCCAACUCUCAAUUUCAUGGAGAAGAUUCCCAUUUAUUAACAAUCAGAGAAGAAUGAUUCUCCAUCUGCUCUGUGGUAGACAUUUCUCUCAGGCUACAGGUCGUCAAAAUACCAUGUGCGUGAAGCAAAAGUAUAUAUCAUGUCUUCCUCGUCCAAAUGUCCUCACUCACGGUGAGAGAACCAUAAUAUUUGGAAGACCUUUGAGGGUGUACUAUUACCAUCCCCUCAUUGAGAGAAUGACAGAAUGAAAAUUUUACAAAUCAACUGAUACUAAAGGAAAGGAUGGAUUCCACAUUUUUGUGAGGCCUGUGCUCUAUAUCUCACAAGCCCAAAUUCAAAACACAUUUAAUUGA